GCAUUUUUGAUUCUCGAAUUCUGAAUCAUCCAAUUGGAUCAGAUUUUUGAUUCGACGUUCUCCGGUAUUGAUUUCGGUGAUCGGAGAAUUUCGCCAUGUCGUGGGGAUUAGGAUGGAAGAGAUCAUCGGAGAGUUUCCGUUUGAGUCUCAGUUACGGCGCCGAUGAUCUAAACGACGAUCCGAUUCAAUCACCGUCUGCGUCACCAUUCGGAUCUCCAACGUCGAUGUCUUCGUCGUGUUCUUCUCCAUCCGCGGUGGAGGAUCCUGAAUUAGGGUUCCGUAUUGAUUUAGAUUGGACAGCAGGCGAUUCGGAGGAUCAGGUAGCGUUGCGAUUGGAAUCGCAGUUAAUGGUGGCUUUACCUGCACCGCAUGAUACAGUGGUGGUUGAAUUGAAGGGAAUUGGAGAUGGUGAUGGUGUUAUAGAGAAUGUUGGAUUAGAGAUGAGAGUUGAGAAACGAAGGGAGCCUUUGCGAGCAGUUACAUUGAUGAAAGCGGUUGGUUCGGGUCAGCAGUAUGAUGGUGUAGGCGUUUUGACUAGGCUAAUGCGGUCUGAUAUGAUGCCUGCAGCCAUUCCUGCGCCGGCUAUCGAUGUUGCGUCAUCUUGUGGGGUGCAUUGGAAGACUGUGACUUCGUUGAGUCUAUCUGGUUGUGGUUUAUUGGUAAUGCCAGUUGAAGUGACUGAGUUACCUCUGCUUGAGAAGCUAUGUCUUGAGCACAAUAAAUUGUCAGUUUUGCCACCUGAGAUAGGGAAGCUGAAAAAUCUUAAGAUACUUAGGGGGGGAUAUAUUUACAAAAUUCUUCUACCUCUUGUUAUUCCUCCGGAGAGCCUCCACGAAAUUACUCCGGUGGCAGAAGUGACGGUGGCAACAGAUGUGGAAGCCACUGCUGGUCACCGUAGCGGUGGUGACGGUGGCGAUGGAAAGAAGAAGUGUGUGUGUUCACCGUCGAAGCAUCCAAGAUCGUUCAAGUGUAGGAAUGAAAGUUUCUUUGGUGUUUGUGGACUCGCUGUCGCAUCUUGUUUGGACAUGAUGUCUUCUAAAACCCUUGAAGUUCCCUUACGAGAAAUUUCUGUCGCUUAUCGUUCUAGCACUCAUACAUUAGUAGCAGAAGAUAUUGUAGCGAAGACUGCCUUAUCAUUGAAGAACGCCCUCUUGUUGGCGUGGAAUGAAGACUCUUUGGUUUUGCAAUUGUUCUUGGACUCCCAGUUCAUUGUAAUACCUUUCAAGUCACUCGAAGUCACCGUUGAGCUAGGGAGAAUUCUGCUUGUUUUAAGCUUCUUCCACCUCCGAUUUAUCCCCUUGUUUUUUGCAUUAAUCUCUUGUACUGCGUUUGUGUUUGCAGUUCUUUCAGUCCUUAGUGCUGUGUUUUACUCUUGUAAUGGAGGCUAAUCAUUUUUUUUAUCAAUGAAAUCAGUUUGACCAAAAAAAGAUAGGAUGCUACAGCUCUGUUCUUCCUUGUAAGCUUUUUAUCCGCUGCGUAUCAUACUGCUUGAAGCCUCCCAAGUUAACCAUCACCAAAUCCGAAAACCUAGAAUCAAAUCAAACUCUCUUCUUAGAGGUUUUUGAAAAUGAGAUAAAUAGUUUCUUGUUCA